UGCAGAAAGAACUGCAUCUUGAACCUGGACUGAGAUAAGGCCUCGCCAUGACGUCACGGCUGGACCGUUUGUUCGUGCUGCUGGAGGCGGGCGCAGGCGCGGCGACGCGGCGCGCAGCAGCGCGGCAACUAGGCGAGGUUCAGAAGGCACACCCUGAGGAACUGCACCGGCUGCUCCACCGCCUGAUGAAGCAUCUCCGCUCGCCUGCCUGGGAGACCAGGGUCGCCGCCUCACAGGCAGUGGAAGCGAUUCUAACGAACGUUCCACAAUGGCAUCCCCCGCCCUUCACCGGCAAGAAAGAGGAAAAAUCAGAAUGCGACGGGCGGCUACGAUGCGAGUCGUUCGACAUCGAGAAGGUUCUCCGACACGGCGCACACCUCAUGGGCUCCGAGGGCCACGAGUACGACCUGGACGAAGAGGCCCUUAAUGCUGCUGACAUAAACGAGCGUUUAUCGCGGCAGCGGCAGCAGCUCAACGCGCGCCUCGGCUUGGAGGUGGCGUCCAGUCUGGGCGUGGACCUGACCACCGCGCUGUACACCAACGACGACCUCUGUCUCGCCAAGCCAGCGCCAGUCAAGACUGAAGUGAUCAGGAGGCCAGUGCAAGAGCUAGUCCCAUCGUCAUCCAAGCCGCUCAGCUCUCGCGAGAUGAACCUAGCGAAACGCAAAGCGCGACAAGCGGCGUUCUGCAAACAGAAGUCGCGCGACUGCGAGGAGCCGCCCGCGCCGCCCACGCCGCCGGCGGAGCCGGACCGGAAGAAGAUCAAGCUGGAGGUCGACGAGUUUAGCUUGGAGCAGUCGCUAGCAGUGCCAGAUUGCUCCGGGGCGUGGGGCUCGAGCUCCAACUGGCCUCUAGAGAGCUGGUGCGGGGCGCUGCAGGCGACGCUGUUCAGCGCGGCGUGGGAGGCGCGCCACGGGGCCGCCUCGGCGCUGCGGGAGCUGCUGCGCGCGCCCAUCGCCGCCUCGGCGGGGCAGGCGGCCGGCGACAGCCCGCAGCAGAUGGAAGAUGCACACCAAGAAUGGCUGGAAGACAUGGCGCUGAGGUUGCUUUGUGUUCUUGCGUUGGACCGCUUCGGAGACUUUGUCUCAGAUCAAGUAGUCGCUCCCGUCCGCGAGACAUGCGCGCAGACUCUAGGCGUGGCGUUAGCGCAGAUGCGAGCCCCGCGCGUGCGCGCCGUGGCCGCGCUGCUGUCCACUCUGGCGGCGCAGCAACAGUGGGAGGCGCGCCACGGGGCGCUGCUCGGCUUCAAGUACCUGCUGGCCGCAAGACAGGAAGUGGCAUGCGAGAGCGGGGCCAUCGAGCAUCUGAUAUCGGGGCUCAGCGACCCCGCCGAGGACGUGUCGGCCGUGGCGGCGGGCGCGCUGGCCCCGGCGGCGGCGGCGCUCGCCGCGGCCCGGGCGCGCGUGCUGCCCACCGUCGUGGCUCGCCUGUGGCAGCUGUUACACGACCAGGAUGACGUCGCUGCGCCUGCCAAUUCCUACAUGGCGUUAUUAGCUUCUCUAAUGGCCAUGCCGCAAGCGGCCAAACUCCUUCACCCCAUCGACUUAGCAGACGUCCUACCGAGGCUUUGGCCGUAUUUAGACCACUCGACCAGCUCGGUCAGAAAAGCUUCCCUUCAAACACUGCGGACCCUCACGAGACCGCUAGUCACAGAAGUUAAGGCUCCCGACACGAAUGGCAAUGGCGAGUCCGGCAAUGGAGAGGUUCCGAAACCAAUAAACGGCGUCCAAUAUUUAAUGUGGAACCCUGAACUACUACAAGAGGCUAUGAGACACGUUUACCAAAGAAUUUUGUUUGAGCACGUCGGCGAUAUACAGAUGAUCGCCGUUCAAGUUUGGGAGAAUCUCCUCCGCCACGCGCCGCUAGGCGUAGUGUUAGUUGCAGCCUGCCCGUUGCUAGCUACCUGGCUAUGCCUCGCCAUGCAGCCGGCCAGGUUACCUAUAGCACCUAAUCUCUUACUCCAGCCGCCUCCUAAAGAAAAGCGCGCGCCAACUAAGCCAAGCCAACUAGGAGAGGGCUUGCCGCCUGAGGUGAGGCCCAAUCAGAAAUGGUUCCUGGGUGGAAGCGAAUCUCAACCUACCUGCGUUCGUGACAAGAACGUGACUCGGGCGCGCUGCCUCGCUGCAGAAAUACUAGGGUAUCUGUCCUGUUAUCUAGUACAACCGGCGCCCGGCAUAGAGUACAAACCUGAGGACGAAAGCCCUAUAGACUGUUUCGUAAAAGUGUUGUUAGUGCAUUUGAGAUCGUCGAGCGCGCUGCAGCGGAUAGUAGCAGGUCUAGUGGUCUCCGCGUGGGCGCGACGUUCCUUACACCACAACCUCUUUCCCCCUCCGAUAUUCGGAGAAAAACGAGACGACAUUACCGACGAUCCAAUAAGUCGAUUAGCUCCACCCCCACUAACAAUAACUCUACACGCGUCUCUCAACCAAGCGUUAUACUACGAUGAAGUAGCGCUAAACUGUAACAGAAUACUUCAAGAAGCUAGAGAUUUACUAGCCAUGAUGAAACACUACAAACUACCAGUAGACGGCGAAGAAUUCAACAACAUCGUCCGCCUCGAGCAAGUUAUUCACAUGACAACAGUCACGGAGCCUAUGGUGGCGUCUCUAAAACUGAAACGGGUAGUUACGACUCUAGAGGAGCGUCGGAAGAAUCUCCAAACCGCCGUGAACCAAUGCGCGACAGAACAGACUAUUCUGAACAUUUCAGUACAGGCAGCUUUAGCCGGCGCUUGUGCUAGCUUAAACUCUUUACCAGAGAAGUUGAACCCAGUGGUGAGGCCGUUAAUGGAGAGUAUAAAGAAGGAAAUGUGGGAGGAGCUGCAGGCGCAGUCGGCGGAGUCGCUGGCGGCGCUGGCGUCGCGUCUGGUGUGCCGCGAGCCCAGCCCUAACAAUAAGAUACUGCACAACUUGAAGGCGUUUCUGAGAUGUGACCCUGAGUUCACGCCGCACGUGUCUUUGACGGAGAACACUGACGAGAACGGUGAUUCUGGGAGUGGCGACAGCGGGGCGGAGGGCAAGGCGGAAAGAGCAUUGCAUGGACCCCCUAUGGACGCGUACGUCGGUAUACUGACUCUAUGGGAGCAGCAGCGAGCGGCGGUGAAGGUGACUCCUCGCCGCGGCCGCCCGCCGCAGCACCACGCCGUGCCCGACGUGCCGCUCGACGUGCUGCACGACCGCGAGGACGAGAACCGGAAAAAGCUUCGUAUUCAACGAAGAGGGGCGACACUGGCGUUCACUAGUCUCACGAGAUACUUCGGCGACGAGCUGCCGGAGAAAUUACCUAAGCUAUGGGAGUUCAUCACGGAACCGUUUGCGAAUGUCAUGAGUGAUAGUGAACUAGAAAGCGUCGACGUGGACGCCUCCGAGGAGCUAAUCUCCCGCCUGCAAGUAUUCGAAGCGGUCUGCUCGUCGCUGGCGCCCCUCGCGUGGCAGACGGCGUCGCUCGGGGCGGGCGCGUGCGCGCGGCUGCUGCGGCACGCGCACACGGCCGUGCGGCACAUGUCGGCGCGCGCGCUCGCCGCCAUGGCGCGUCGCGACCCGCACAACGUCAUGGCUACCGUUGUCAAAGAUCUCGUGCCAGCCCUGAGCGACAUGAGCGCCGUCCGCGUCCGCUGCGGCUGCGCCGAGGCGCUGUCCCGGGUUGUCGAAGCGUUGCAGCUACAAGUGGUGCCCUACAUCGCAUUGCUCGUUAUACCUCUAUUAGGUCGUAUGAGCGACCACUGCGAAGCGGUCCGCGUGAUGUCCACCCGCUGCUUCGCUUCGCUCAUACAACUCAUGCCUCUCGACGGCGCCGCGCCCGAACCGCAGGGAUUAUCUCCAGAACUACGGGCGAGGCGGCUUAGCGACAAGCGCUUCCUGGAUCAACUGUUCAAUCCUCGCUCGAUCCAGGAUUAUAAAAUCCCUGUGCCUGUGGCUGCUGAACUCAGGAGUUAUCAACAGGCGGGAGUGAACUGGCUCCGCUUCCUCAACGAGUACAGACUGCACGGCGUGCUGUGCGACGACAUGGGUCUGGGCAAGACGCUGCAGUCCAUCGUGGUGGUGGCGUCCUCGCACGCCGAGCGCGCCAAGCGCCGGGACCCCAGCGCGCCCAGUCUCGUAGUCUGCCCGCCUACGCUCACAGGGCACUGGGUGUUCGAAGUGAACAAGUUCAUCUCCAGCAAGUAUCUAAAGCCGCUGCAGUACGUGGGCCCGCCGGUGGAGCGCGAGCGUCUACGCAGCCACGUCAAGAACUUCAACCUGAUCGUGGCUUCCUACGACAUCGUGCGGAAAGAUAUUGACUUUUUCAGCGCCAUCAAGUGGAACUACUGCGUGUUAGACGAGGGUCACGUGAUCAAGAACGGCAAGACCAAAGCGUUCAAAGCCAUAAAGCAACUAGUCGCUAACCAUAGGUUAAUAUUGUCCGGAACGCCCAUACAGAACAACGUGCUAGAGCUAUGGUCGCUAUUCGACUUCCUGAUGCCCGGCCUCCUCGGCACCGAGCGGCAGUUCACCGCGCGCUACUCGCGCCCCAUCCUGCUCGCGCGCGACGCCAAGGCCACGCCGCUGCAGCUGCAGGCCGGCGCCCUCGCCUGCGAGGCUCUACACCGACAGGUAUUACCGUUCCUCCUGCGGCGCGUAAAGGAAGACGUGCUAAAGGAACUCCCGCCGAAGAUUACCCAAGACUACUACUGCGAGCUAUCACCUCUCCAGAGGCGUCUGUACGAGCAGUUCAGCAAGCACCUACCCCCGCAGGUCACCCGGCAACAACACGUGUUCCAGUUCCUCCACUACCUGCAGAACGUGUGCAACCACCCGAAGCUGGUGUUAACACCGGAGCACCCCGAGUACAGCAAGACCCAGCAGCAGCUGUCCGCGCAGCGCUCCAGCCUCGACGACAUCGAGCACGCCGCCAAGCUGCCGGCUCUCAAACAACUCCUCCUGGACUGCGGCAUCGGCGUGGCCCCGGAGGCGGGCGAGGCGGGCGCGGUCGUGUCGCAGCACCGCGCGCUCGUGUUCUGCCAGCUCAAGAAGAUGCUCGACAUCGUGGAGCGCGACCUGCUGCAGAAGCAUCUACCCUCCGUCACGUACCUGCGCCUGGACGGCUCCGUGCCGCCGCAGCAGCGCCACGCGCUCGUCACCAGGUUCAACAACGACGUCUCCAUCGACCUGCUGCUGCUGACCACCACGGUGGGCGGUCUGGGCUUGAACCUGACCGGCGCGGACACGGUGAUCUUCGUGGAGCACGACUGGAACCCCAUGAAGGACCUGCAGGCCAUGGACCGCGCGCACCGCAUCGGCCAGCGCCGCGUCGUCAACGUGUACCGCCUCGUCACGCGCGCCACGCUCGAGGAGAAGAUCAUGGGAUUACAAAAAUUCAAGCUCCAAACAGCGAAUACGGUAAUCAGCAGCGAGAACGCCGCCAUCGAGACCAUGGGCACCGAGCAGCUGCUCGACCUGUUCCACCCCUCCCCCUCCUCCACCCCCCACACCUCCCACACCCCCACCCCCGGGCCCUCCUCGCUGGAGGCGCUGCCCGACCUGUGGGACGACCGCCAGUACGAGGAGGAGUAUGACAUGUCACACUUUAUAAGGGGACUCAACACGCUGAAGGAGUAACUGUAGAGGCUUACACCAAAUCUUAAGCGGUCCUCACGUGGCGUAGCCACACGCCGCUCUAACGUGCGAGCGGGAUAUACAUGGAUAGCGUUGUCUCGCUCAGGGCGUCCGCGUCGAGUGGGCGGGUACCAUCGUAGAUAAAAUCCGUCGCGCGCGUCCGCGCUAUUGCUAUUCCACCUAGGGAUGAUGACACAUGUUGAAUUUUAUAACAAAAUCUAGUAAAAUAAAUAGCAAAUGAGCAAUUUAUCACAAUAAUGUGGAUAUUAAAAUAAUAUAUGGAAAUGAUAAAAAAAUACAGGACCUAGGUUUAAUUAUUUUUUUAAUUUUCAAAAAGGAAUAAAGUAAGGGUACCAUUCCAUUCCUUACAAUUUAUCCAAAAAAAGAUUGUAUAGCAACUAUAUGCAUAAACGCAAUAUUUCACUGAAAAAAUCGCAAUUUGACUUAUUUUCCAUACUAACUUCAAGAUGGGCUCUCAGUGACCUUGACGUCACGUUCACUUAUCGUUUUGUUAGGAGCGUUUCGCGAGUGAAGUACGACUGUCGGACUUUGACUAUCAUUUCUGACUUUUGUAUCGAUUUAAUGCAAUAGGUUCCAUAUAGAAUAGACAUUUGAUCCCAAAAACAAACCUGAUCGAUUGAUACCAUUAAUAAAAAUUUGUCAUCAAGCCUAUUUCUUAGUCCAAUGUAUAUUUGCGUCUCACAUUUUGCUUAAUGGGAGAGUGAGACGCAAUGCACAUUGGACAAAGAAAUUGUAUCGGUGGAAUACCACCCUUCGUAACGCUCAUACUAUUUUUCGUUAACGCGCUUACCCGCUCUGUAAAAUCCUACCGCGAACCACGUUCGACGUGUUGCCUCCCUGUCACUUACGUACGAAUUUACAAGUGCGACAGAGAGGAAACACGUCGAAAGUGGUUCGCGGUAGGCCCACUCGCGGACGCCCUCACACGGAGCGUCGGAUCCGUAUCAGUGGGGUAACCGCAUUAUCUAAUAUUCGAAUAUUUGUGACGUUUUCAACCAAAAGGUACCAAUUGAACCUAUAUGGAAAUAGCGCCUUAUUGACAGCCGACAAUAAGUACCCUUUUGGUUGAGAAUGGCACAUUUAUAGCCGUGAUUUCGGUUUUAAUUAGUUAGGUUAGGAAUUAAAGUCUAGUGAAGUUCCAAUAUUACACAAAAUGCUAAGUUUUCAAACAUUCUAUAUAUUAUAUAUAUCUCACGGGUGAUCCAAAAAUACGUUGACAUUUUUUUUUAAACUGCGGCAUAUUGUUGAUAAUUUUUACAAACGUUUACGUGUCAAAACUAAAGAAGUAUAUUUUGAAGAAGUAAGUUUUGUUUUAAUUAAAUGAUUGUAUUUUUAAUUACUUGUUUUAAAAUAAGUGUAAGAAAAGUAUUUCUAAAAAUUCUUAGUCUACGUAUUUUUGGGCCUUUAUAAAUGUUGAUCUUUACUGAGAAAGUUGCGAAAAAUGUAAGCAAAUCACCUGUCGUGGUCGUAAUAUAUAUAUCAUUAUUAUAAAUGCACUCACCAUUAACUAUAGUUAUUUGGAAAGUGUUUAAUUUAAGUCCCGAGAAAGCGAAAGAUCUUGAGCGUAGCGGGGGAUCCAAAACACGAGAUGUAAAAUAACUUUGCUCUCGUGUUGCAUAUAUAAUUUUUCACCUCAGUAGUGAGAACAUGUUAAAGGUUAAGAUGUAUUUCGAAUUACACAGAAUAAUACAGAGAAACAAAAAAAAAAAAACGACAAAAAAAACGAAUUUGUAAUAGAAGUAUGAAGUGGCAGUUCAUGGCCUUCACUAAAUUAAAAAGCUACUUUGUUUCACUCCUUGGAGUGAGGAAAGUCGCACUUUCGUCACUCCCUUCAAAGUAGGCUUGUUCGAGCUGCUGAGGUGAAAAAUAAAUAGCAACACGAAAACAUAUUAAUAAAGUCAAUUUUUAUAAAGUAUAGCAAAUAAACCGUCUGAAAGUAAUUAUAGAGCCUGCACUGAGUGGUCUCUGUUUAAAUUAUUAAGUUUAUUUACGUACUUGAAGUUUUUAUUAUAAAUUGUGUCGUUUUCAAGUAAAAGGUACCACAUUGUCGCUUGCCAUAAGAACGCUCUGGCAGGUUUUUCGCAUAAGGAUAAUGGAAGUGCGACUCGGACUCACCCACCGAGGGUUCCGUACUUUUUAGUAUUUAUUGUUAUAGCGGCAACAGAAAUACAUCAUCUGUGAAAAUUUCAACUGUCUAGCUAUCACUGUUCAUGAGAUACAGCCUGGUGACAGACAAACAGACGGACAGCGGAGUAGUAUGCGGUAGCGGGUAUGUAAUUCCUCUUAUUUUAAAUGGUAUCCAUAUUUGAUUUCUCUGUACCUACCUCCGGAAUAAUGGCGCGCUUACACUAUGCAGUGGGCCGCUUGACGUAUUCGACAUAAUGACUCAUGAGCUGUUUAGAUUAUUUGAUUAUGUAAGUUUGAAUACCUUUAUUAAACGUUACCUAAUGACGUUAAUAACAUCGCAAAUUGUGAUUCUCUAGCUUACACGAGUAAGUUCCUUUUCCUUAUAUAUUAAGAUAUACCUCACUUCUUCUCUUUAUUUAUUGUUAGAACUAAGAAAGACAGUCAUCGAUUUAGUCAUUUUCGUAGAUUUAGAGUGUGUUACGCUUAGUUAUUAUUGUACCUGCUCAAAUAAACACGAACUUUUGACUUGACUUUUGUAUGCAAUUCAGUUCAACUUCAGUACUGUUGGGCAUUAAAAAAUCCUUACCCCGUUAUGGUAACUUUUUUUCUUUUUGUACGUGUGUGGAUGUGUUUGAAAUAAAAUAAAGAAAUAUGGUUUGUGAACAA